AAAUAAUUGUGCCAUGGAUGCCAGAUCUUGGUUAGUCUGUCUUCUACUCGCGGUGUCGGUGUCCGCCUCGUUGAAGAUUGGAGCCUUCAACAUCAAAAGACUGAGUGAAAACACCUUGCAGUCACACCCCGGACGUCUCGACAUCCUGGUCAAGAUUCUAAGUCGGUAUGACAUUGCAGCAAUUGAAGAAGUUAUGGACACCGACGGUAUAAAAGAUAUUCUACAUGCUCUUAACAGUCACGGAGGCGGACCAUAUGCCUUGGAACUCAGCGGUCGUUUGGGCAGCACUCGAUACAAGGAGCAUUAUGCAUUUAUUUACAGAACUGACCGGGUCAGUGUGAGACAGGUGUAUCAGUAUCCAGAUCCACGAGAUUACUUGGACCGCGAACCCUAUUCCGUUUUAUUUCACACAUCACAUGCAGCUAUUCAUGAUUUCGCAAUAGCGGCUGUUCACGUUAAACCUCGAGAAGCAAUGUCGGAGAUAGAUCAUUUGGUAACCAUUUACAACUCGCUGAAAUCACACUUCGGAAAUGAGAACAUACUGUUUGCUGGCGACUUCAACGGCGACUGUCACUACCUGUCUCAGACGGCGUUACACAAGAACCACCUGUACACCGACGGCCGCUUCCACUGGUUGAUCCCCAGCACAGCAGACACAACCGUGUCCACUCACACAAACUGUGCUUAUGACAGAUUCGUGGUAGCUGGGUCAGCGUUUAUGGGUGCUAUCGUUUCCGGAAGUGCCAAAGCAUUCAACUAUCAAAAGGCAUAUCAUAUGAACUUCAACCAGGCAUGGGAUGUCAGCGACCACUACCCAAUCGAACUGGAGCUGAGAUGAUUCAAUUCAGUUACUGUACAAUAAAGACUGAACAAAG